AUUUGUUGAGAGCCUUGCUGAGCUUUUAAACACCCCUCCUCCCUCUUCUGUGCCCCUAUCUCAAGUCUGGAACAAAUUUAAAACGUUGCUGUGAGUACCGUGAGCGUGUUAGCUAGGAACGUUUGAGGAGCGGAUCCCUAAUACCCGCCCCUCUCUCUAUCUAAAUUACUAAUCUUUCGCUUUCUAAAAUUCUUGAAUUAUUAUUGGCUGCAGAUCCACAGAUAGAUCCAAAAACUCACAUUUUGAUCUGCAAAUUCUUAUUCGGAUCUAUCUCUCUCUAGAUAUAUUUAUAUAUAAGAAAUCCAUCAUAAAUGGGGGCAUAUAGAGCCGACGACGAUUACGAUUACUUGUUCAAAGUGGUGCUGAUCGGCGACUCCGGCGUCGGCAAAUCCAACCUUCUCUCUAGAUUCACCAGGAACGAGUUCAGCCUCGAGUCCAAAUCCACAAUCGGCGUCGAAUUCGCCACUCGAAGCAUUCACGUCGACGACAAAGUCGUCAAGGCUCAGAUUUGGGACACCGCCGGCCAAGAAAGAUACCGUGCUAUUACUAGCGCAUACUACCGAGGAGCUGUUGGUGCAUUGCUUGUUUAUGAUGUCACUCGUCAUGUCACAUUUGAAAAUGUAGAGAGAUGGCUAAAGGAACUACGAGAUCACACAGACGCCAAUAUUGUGAUCAUGCUUGUGGGGAACAAGGCAGAUUUGCGUCACUUGCGGGCUGUUUCCACCGAGGAUGCUACAUCAUUUGCUGAAAGAGAAAACACCUUUUUUAUGGAGACCUCUGCUCUGGAGUCCAUGAAUGUGGAAAAUGCUUUCACUGAAGUGCUUAGUCAGAUAUAUCGUGUUGUUAGCAGAAAGGCUCUUGAUAUUGGGGAUGAUCCGGCAGCUUUGCCAAAAGGGCAAACCAUUAAUGUUGGCGGCAAGGAUGAUGUAUCAGCGGUGAAAAAAGUUGGGUGCUGUUCUGCAUAAUCUAAAGAAUGAGACCACUGGCGAAAACGGGUAUUUCUUUGAUUCCCAUUUCAACGUGGUUAUGGGAGGGACACUUUUGAUUAUCUCAGUGUUAGAAUUACAAAGAACUAUCGCCAACAAAACUUAUAUAUUUAUAGCACGUGACACUCAAAAUUUGCCUAGUUUUGCCGAGGCUUUAAUUUUUAGGAUUGAUUUUUCUUGCAUUCUUUUGUCCUCUUAGUCACCUUCAUGUUUAGUUUAAAUUUGAUUGCUCAUGGUUGGAUUCGGAAAUGUAUUAAGACAUUCUACUUUUCAGUGUACUUCAAUUUGAUGUUUUUUGUCCACAUAA